AUGUCACUGGUGGGCCAUCCGCUUGUGCUACCUCAACCCAUGUUUCAACAAGGCUUCCCCAUACCCCAGCAGCCAAACUACGUGGCCUCGAACUUCACCUCCACGUCACCGCCAGGCUCGAUGCUUCCCAUCUACCACCAAAACAGAAUACCCUUGUCCCCCAAAGACGACCCCGACUUGAAAGAUAGUCUAAGAAGAAAGAAAAACUCGAGAAGAAAGCAUCGCAACUCGCAUCUUGGCUGUGGCACCUGCAAAAAAAGAAGAAUCAAGUGCGACGAAACUUUACCUUCGUGUCUCAAUUGUCUCAAGGGCAAAUUGCACUGUGCCUAUUUGAACUUGGAUAACAAUGCUCGAAGCGCGUUGAGGUUGGCUCAGUUCAACCAGAACAUGCGCCAGGAAAAAUUGGAAACGGCGCCUCCCGGGCUAGCGGCAGCGCCAGCUGGUAUGAUAGCCAUGGCACCUCCGCCCUCGUCGUCUGCGUCUGUGUCGUCGUCGAUGAUGAUGGAUGCAACGAGGCACGCGACACAGCAAAUCCAGACGUCGCAGGGACCAAUGCUUGUUACCACCAACAGCAUCGGCCAGCCCGUGAUUGUGGCAGCGGCUCCAUCCGCCGCGCAACCGCAAUUCAUCACGAGCGGCUUCCAACCUGCGCCGCAAGGCCCACCCAUUAUGCAAUCGCAGUAUGGGCCGCUCGUUCCCGUGAUCACCAACACGGGCAGCAUGGUCUAUGCCCCAACUGCAACCUUGGCUCCUCCAGCGCCACUGCUACAACCACAACAACCACAGCAACCACCACAGAAACAACAACAGCAGCAACAGCCACAAAUUUUGACGCCGGCACUGAAUUACCCCUUAACUUCGAAAACGCCGCCUCCUCUUCUGCAACAGGGCAUGCCGCCGCCAUCGUUGGUGGCUCCGAAAUCACACACUUUGGCUCCGCCACUCUCACUAUCGCAGGGCAUGGCAUCAGCGCCGGUGUCGUCAUUAUCCAUCCCGCAGCAGCCGUCGCUAACGCCGCGCACGUCGUCGGCAGUCAACGCCGCAACCAUGGCCUCGCAAAACAUCAACGCGUCUGCCUCAUCUGCUCCCGGAUCCACCCUCAAUCAAGCAGUCAAACUCCCACCGAUCCCGACCUCGUUGCCCAUCCCGCAGAUCAACGUGUCGAAAUCGCCCACGUCGCCCUCGUUGGCGCCGAAGCUCUCGCUGUCGAUCAAGUCGCCCGCGUCCUCCGCCUCGAUCUCGGACUCAUCUUUGAACAUGAGCAUCACCACCGUCCCACUUGCAACAAUGGCAACCACGAGAUCGUCGUCGUCGCUGCCGUCGUCCACGCCGGAAAAAUCGCCAUUGUUGCCUAGCAUCGCGUCCAUCACCGCGAGUGCCAACCACGUCGCUAGCAGCAACAUCAACGUCAACGGCAAUGGCGGAUUGAUGAUCCCAAAGCUGGGAUCAGUGACGAACUUCGGCAAGUUAACCAUUUCGGAGGUUGAAGCGGGCAAAUUGCCCGAUGAUGGUGAAAGCGACGCGGUGCGGUUGCCGGGCAUCGAAAGCUUGCGCGGUGACGACGGCGACGUCGAGGAGAAAGUGCCGAUUCUGAAGUUGAUCACCUAG